AUGGUCCAGGUUCCUAUUAUUUUGCUUGCAGCCGUGGGCUGUUUGCUCAGCCCCUCGAGCAUGUUUGCCUCUGGCUCGCCCCUUGUGCCUACGGAACGGGACGUGGGAUCAGCGGGAUCCUAUACCUUUGUCGAGGGUCCAGUCCAAUGGCGAGGUACCUUGGAGGAAGGGAAGGAACCGGUAUACCUGAGCGGCGAUACCUUCGAGGAUAUCGAGGCGAAAGCGAAAGCUCUCAACCCAACUUAUACAAUCUUUGACAACUCUUCUGUGGCGCUCGAGGCCCGUGAUGGUUUGAACACGCGGGCUACCAUUCAUUGCGGAUGGCCCCCGUCAUGGAGCCCUACGCGGAAUUUCCUUGCCCUUGCCGCAGGUGUCGAAUAUCUCCGAGGGAUCAAGGGUGAUUGCCGUGGCCGUCCCGGCCCUGGCACCUGCGACCGCGUCAGCUGCUCCUGGGAUUCUGCUAUCUAUUUUUGCAAUGGCAAGUGUAUUACCCAAAAGUGA